AUGAGCGGUGUGAAGGGCGACAAUGUGACAUCUGAGCUACUGCUUGCAAUGAAGUCUGGAAAGUAUGUGGCUGGAUUUAAGAGCACUCUGAAUUCUGUGAUAAACAGGCAGGCAAAAUGUGUGGUGAUAUCAUCGAAUUUCCCUGCAACUAAGAAGAAGCAAUUGGAGUACUACAGUGUGCUAGCUGGAGGGCUUCCGAUAAUUUUUCACAGUGCAGAUAAUAAUGAGCUUGGGAGUAUAACUGAGAGAGGACAUAGGUUGGGAUGUAUAUCUAUUCUUGAUCAGGGCGAAGCAGACUUGAUACCUGCAAAAGAGGAUUAA